AUGGAAAAUAAUAUUUUAGUUAAAUUAUUAUUAAAAGGAAAUAUUGAAAAUGAAAAUGAAAAAGAAAAUGAUAAAUUAUUUUUUUCAAUUUGGAGGAAUAAAUAUUUAAGAGAUAAAAUAACAAAAGAAAUAAAGAUUUAUUUAAAUGCACAUAGAUUAAUUAGAUUUAAAAAUUGUGAACAACUUAAUCAAUAUGAAUAUAAAGAUAGUUUAAAUAAAGUGAUAAUUGAAGAUCCAUCAACACCAUUAUUAAAUAUACCAUUGAAUAUAACAGAACUUGAAUUUGAACCAAAAUCAGAACAUAUUGCAACAAUUAAAACCAACUUACCAAACCAUAUAGAGAAACUUUAUUUUAAUUAUAAUUAUUCUUAUUAUUCAACUUCAAAUUUUUUAAAUUCAUUAACAUCAUUAAAAGAGUUAAGAUUAGGUGGUUUUCAAAAUGUUAAUAAAAUUCCAGAAUCAGUUACAAAUUUACAUUUAGGAUAUGCAUUAUAUGGUAAUUUAAAAACAUUACCACCAUCGAAUUUCAUACCUCAAUCAGUUACAAUUUUAAAUACUGGCGAAUUAUCUACACCAAUAAAUAAGAACGACGACUCUUUUUUACCAAAGAAUUUAAAGGAGUUAACAUUUGGAAAGGCAUAUAAUCAUCCAAUAAAAUUAGAACAGUUACCAACAUCAUUGACAAAAUUAACAUUGUUUUCUGGAAAUUGUCAAAAUCAAAUAUUUCCCAAACUUGGUUCAAAUACAUCAAUAACAUCAUUAACAUUUGGUAAUAAAUUUACAAAUAAAAAAACCCAAUUUAAAGUUGGUGAUUUACCACAAAAUUUAACUUUUCUUGAUUUAGGUCAUAUGUUUAAUAUGAAAUUAGUAAAAGAUGUUUUACCAAGUUCUUUAAUAACCUUAAAACUUUCAAAAAAUUAUGAUCACUCACUUUCUGGUGAAGUUUUACCAAAAUGUUUAAAAAUCUUACACCUUGGUCAAAAAUUUAAUCAACAAAUUAAUAGUAACGAUUUACCAUCUCAAUUGGAGGAAGUUACACUUAGUUGGUUAUUUUGUCAUUCAAUUUCAAAUUUUCCAAAUUCAAUAAAAACUUUAAUUAUGGAAGAUCAUUUCAAAGGUCCUUUAGAAAAGUUACCAUCAUCUUUAACGAAAUUAUCUAUUAAAACUGGUUAUUAUAGUUCAAUAAAACCAAAUAUAAUACCAUCAACAGUUAAAGAUUUAUUAAUUUCAUCAUAUCAAAAUAAUUUAUUACCAAAUACAAUACCAUCUUCUUGUAUUAAUCUAUCAAUUCCUUUUGGAUCAUUUGAUUUUGAAAUAACUAAUAAUAAUAGCAAUGAUAAUAGCAAUGAUAAUAAUAAUAAUAAUAAUAAUAAUAAUAAUAAUAAUAAUAAUAGUAAUAAUAAUAAUAAUAAUAAUAAUAAUAAUAAUAAUAAUAAUAAUAAUAAUAAUAAUAAUAAUAAUUCAACAACAAUAUUCCCAAAUUCUAUUAAAUAUUUAAAUUUUGGAAUAUGGUCAAAUAAAUUAAUACCACGAAAUAUUUUACCAACUUCAUUAACAACAUUAAUACUUGGUUCAGAUUAUAAUCAACCAUUAAAUGGAAUUUUAAAACCAUUACAUUCAUUAAAAACAAUAGAAUUUGGUAAUUCAUUUGAUCAACCAUUAAAAGCUGAUGAUGAUGAUGAAAUUGAAUUUCCUAAUAAUAUUACAUCUAUUAAAUUUGGAUAUUCAUUUAAUAAAACUAUAAAACCAAAUUCAUUUCCAAAUUCACUAAAAAUUUUAAAAUUUGAUAUAAAAUUUUCAAAUGGUGAUAAAGAAUUUGAAGAAAAUUCAAUUCCUUCAUCAGUUGAAUCUAUAGUUUUUAAAAAUUUAUCAUUUAAUCCAAUAAAUCUUCCAAAGUCAUUAACAUCUUUAAAUAAUAAAUUUUUACUUUAA